CAUGAAAUAUACACUCUGCAAUUGCCACACAUUUCUCCCCCUCCUUCUUCUUCUUCUUCUGCAUCUUUCUCCAGAAUUGUAUGCAGGCGGCUCCAUAGUUAAGUCGCUUCCUGGAUUUGAAGGGCCACUCCCAUUUCACCUAGAAACCGGGUAUAUAGGCGUGGGUGAAUCAGAAGAGGUCCAACUUUUCUACUAUUUUAUCAAGACUGAAUCAAAUCCAGAAGAAGACCCUCUUUUCCUUUGGAUCUCUGGCGGCCCAGGUUGCUCUUCCUGGUUCGGAGUUGUUUACGAUAUCGGGCCGCUGAGUGUUGAUGCAGUAGACUACAAUGGCAGCCUGCCCACUUUAUCAUUGAAUCCUUUUUCAUGGACAAAGGUGGCCAACUUUAUUUUUUUGGAUUUACCUGUUGGCACGGGAUUUUCAUAUGCAACCACUCCCCAAGCUAAUAGCUCGGAUAGUUUGCAAGCGGCUAACCAUGGUUAUCAGUUUAUUCAAAAGUGGCUUGAUUUGCACCCAGAAUUCGUAAGCAAUCCAUUUUACGUUAGUGGAGACUCAUAUUCCGGUAUUACAGUUCCAAUGAUUACUCAAGUUAUAUCAGAUGGAAUUGAGGCAGGAAUUACUCGGAUUAAUCUUAAGGGAUAUUUACUUGGGAAUCCAUAUACAACACCAAAUAAUAACGACUAUCAAGUCCCAUUCGCACAUAACAUGGGACUUAUUCCUGAUGAACUCUACGAGUCACUAGUUAGAAAUUGCAAAGGAAAAUAUCAAGAUGUCAAUGAUCAAAAUUUGCAAUGUUUGAAGGAUACUGAAACUUUCAAUCAGUUAAUUAGUGGAAUAUAUACGUCCCACAUUCUAGAGCCAAUAUGUCUUGAUGAUUCAGAUUCUGCAAAACUUACAAAAUCAUAUGGUUUGAGAAGAUCAGUCACAGAGACGUUCAAAAGGCUCAGGAAUCCCACUCUACUUCCUGGCGUAAAAUGUCGGGAUGAUUGGUAUCAUCUAUGUGAAUAUUGGGCUAAUGAUCAGAGUGUCCGAGAAGCCUUAUAUGUUCGAGAGGGCACUGUUGGAAGAUGGGAGAGGUGUGCUUGGAAUGUGUCUUUCACAAAGACAGUUAACAAUACGGUACCGUAUCAUGCAAGUCUUAGCACAAAAGGCUACAGAUCUCUCAUAUAUAGUGGUGACCAUGACAUGAUGGUGCCGACUAUUGCAACUGAAGCAUGGAUAAAAACUUUAAAUUACUCGAUUGUGGAUAAGUGGCGUCAAUGGAUGGUUGAAGGUCAAGUAGCCGGAUAUACCCGGACUUACUCUAAUGGGAUGACAUUUGCCACGGUGAAGGGAACUGGACAUAUUCCUCCCGAGUGGAAGCCUUUAGAAUGUUUGGCUAUGUUCAAGAGGUGGAUAGCUUAUGAAGCUCUUUAAUUUAUGAGACAUCUAUAAUGUGUGAUAUUGAAGAUUGAUGUUAACUUAUCAAGUAAAUUUUCAAAUGUUUGGAUACUCUAUUGUAUCUAUACAUUUGAAGAGAAAAAUAAUAGUUGUGUAAUAAAUGAUUCUCACGAAUGAGCUGGUUGUCCGCCACUGCUACUUUCUGUAUUUUAUUUUUCAUAUAAGUUAUUAUAAUUAAA